ACGACGCCGUACAGAUAAUUAGAAGCAUGACGGCCUCCUCAUGGAUGAAACCUGCAAAUCGGGAGGCAAUGGAACCAUUUUCACUAGAACUCGUAGCGUGUCUGCCGGGUCACCAUGACCGCGUCUGGUCCAUCGCAUGGUCGCCACGAGGCGACAUGCUGGCCAGCUGCAGUGCCGACAAGACGGUGCGUAUCUGGACACGCAGACCCAACACCGCUGCCGCUGCAGACCCAACCGCUGGCGCUGUCACUGCUGCCGCCCCCAUCGGCGCUGCCGCCACAUGCCAGCAAACCAGCAGCUACUCCGCAACCGACCACCUCGGCGGUGGCACCGGGCCUAGCAGCGCCGCCGCCCCCCAGCAGCAGCAGUGGUACUGCAGUGCCAUUCUGGACCAGUGCCACACCCGCACCAUCCGCAGCGUGGCCUGGUGUCCCACGGGUCGGUCGCUGGCCACCGCCUCCUUCGACGCCACCGUGGCGGUGUGGGAGCUGUCGGGGGGCGUGUGGGAGCAGGUGGCCGAGCUGGAGGGCCAUGAGAACGAGGUCAAGUGUGUGGCCUGGAACCCCGACGGUCGCCUCAUCGCCACAUGCGGCAGGGACAGGUCUGUGUGGAUCUGGGAGUCCAUGCCGGGUCGGGAGUUCGAGUGCGUGGACGUAAAGCAGGGUCACAGCCAGGACGUCAAGGUGGUUCGCUGGCACCCGGGCGGUGAGCUGCUGGCCAGUGCGGGCUACGACGACACCAUCCGGCUGUGGACCUACGACGGGGACGAGUGGGGAUGCUGCCAGACGCUGGGGGGCUCCGGUCACGGUCCCGGCCACAGCUCCACCGUGUGGGAGGUGUGCUGGGAGCCGGGGGCGGGGCGGCGCCUGGCCUCAUGCAGCGACGACCUCACCGUGCGCAUCUGGGAGAGCAGGGGCAGGGGGGCUGCUGCGCCUGCUGGUGGCUGCGGCAGUGCAGCAGGGCCAGCGGGGGCAGGCGGAACAGGAGCAGGGGCAGCAGCAGGGGCAGGCGGUGGGCUCAGCCCUAGCCGUCCCGACCUGCGCUGCGCCGCGGUGCUGUCCGGCUACCACUGCCGUACCGUGUUUUCGGUGGACUGGGGGCCGCAUGGGGUGAUUGCCACGGGCGACGGCGACGACAGCAUCAUGUUGUUUGGUCAGGGGGACCCCGACCUGGCCCGGCUGCUGGUGCUGCGGGAGGGGGGCGAGGCAGGUGCGGGAGGGGAGGAGGAGGCAGGCAUGCAGGGACUGCAGCAGCUGGGGCACCAGGGGGGAGAGGAAGGGCAUGCGGAAACCCGGGUUGGCGGCUCGCCUGGGGGGUCGCCUGAGGGCUGCCAGGGGGCCGGAGCCGUGUCAGCACAGGAGCAGGAGCAGGGGGAUGCCAGCAUGGAUGAUGGAGGGGAGGCAGGCAGCAGCGGUGCUUCCGGUGGUGGUGG